UCUAAACAGAUCACCUGGGUAAGUCGUGCUCUUGGAGGCUUCUCGCGGCUCUCUCCCUGACUCCAUCAGUACAGCCUCUCCCCAGACCCUUGCCUAACUCUGCCUGCCCUUUGCAGUACUCCUUGCCUGCGUGGAAGAUGUCCUGCUCCAGCCUGUGUGCCCCUGUGUGUGGGGUGGCUGCCCCGGCCCCAGUGGCUGACAGCGCCAACGAGCCCUGCGUGCGGCAGUGCCCCGACUCCACCGUGGUGAUCCAACCCCCGGCCACAGUGCUCACCUUGCCCGGGCCCAUCCUCAGCUCCUUCCCACAGCAUGCCGUGGUCGGCUCGGCGGGAAUCCCGGGUGUGGCAGGGGGCUUCGGCGGCACUUUUGGAGGCCGUGGUGGCUUUGGGGGCUAUGGUGGCUUUGGGGGCUAUGGAGGCCUUUUGGGCUAUGGAGGCCUUGGCGGCUAUGGAGGCCUUGGAGGCUAUGGGGGCUAUGGAGCCUUUGGGAGCUGUGGAUAUGGAGGCUGGCGUCGGGGCCACAGGUACCUCAGUGGCAACUGUGGGCCCUGCUAAGCCCACCACUGUCUCCAGCCCCUGGCGAAGGAGAACUCCAGAGCUGCCUCGGAAUGUCA